GCGUCUGUGUCGGCGUGGUCGCAGCAGCUGUGGCGCGCGACCAAGGGCGGCGUGCACGUGGGCGGCGUGGGCGUGGUGGUGCCCCGGCAGGUGUGGCGGGCGUGUGGCGCGCCGCCCCCCGCCGCCGCCGCCACCUGGCACUCCUGGGCCGAAGCGGACAUCACUGUGGGGCAAGGAGGCGUGGACGGCGGCGAGUGGGCGUGGGGUCCUGAAGGCUUGUCUGGCGUGGGCGUGAGUCAGCCUGAAGGGUGUGGCCGUCCGGGACACCGCAUAACCCUUGACGCUGACCUGCUGACCGAGAUGACCACAGACGACCUGCCCGCGCUGAGUCGCGCGCUGGUGGGGGCGUGGGCGCGGUACCGGUGGGGCGUGUUUGAGGAGCGCGGCUACCACCAGCACCCGCGCUUCCCGGAGACCCACGCCAGGGACGGCGCCGCCACGCCCACCGCCUGCACCGACAACCCGGAGGCGGGGCGCUGGGUGCCUCCCGCGGGAUCCGACCAGUGCCAGGAGGAUGCGGCGGCCGGGGUGGCAUCCAGGGGCGGGGAGGGGCAGUGCCAGUGGGUGCCAGACUCCUCGGCACCGCGCAACACCUCGCUCAUGUACCGCUCUGACCUUCCCUCGGUCUGGCAGUUCUGCGACGCCGACACCCACGACCCAGACUCCCCGACGCCCCACAACCUCAUCUGCGGCGGCCUCAGUGUGUGGGACGUUCUUCGGCAACACCCCGACUUCAAACCACAUCACGUCCCAACCACCACUACCACCACCACCACCACGCCUUCCCCACGCCCUCCUGCCCCGUCUUCAUCCCUUCCCCAUGCCUCCACGACCCCCAGAACAAAGAAUACAGGUGCCGAAGUAACGUUUGAGGUCUCUCGUGGGACUACAGAAGAGCGAACUGAACCCUGGUCGUCCGUGGAAGUCUUCGGGUCUGAGUCACCGCUUCCCACGACCACCUUCCUGCCAGGGGUCGUAUUGCGGAGGACCGGUGGUGGUGGAGGCGUAGAAGGAAGCCCAGGGGAGAUGCAGGAGCCACCGGGGAGUGUUAGAGGCGCCAGGGGAGGAGAAAUGAGGCUUAUAAGAAGGAGGAAGAAGAGGAGAGUGAAGAAGCGUGAUGUUACACCCACUGAUGUUGAUGUUGUACCAAUGCGUCCGAGUCUCGUCACUGCUCAUCUCUCCUCCUCCUCUUCCUCUUCCUCUUCCUCUCCCUCUCCCUCUCCCUCUCCUUCUCCUUCCUCCUCCUCCUCCUUCAGUGGUCUCCAAGCGGCUGACCUGACCUUGGCCAACCAGAGUGACCCAACAACGAGGUCACCAAACAGAAGUCACGCGAAUGCCUCAAGAAGAAUCGACGUGAGACACCAAGAGAACAGGAACGAGAAGGAAGAAGAAGAAGAAGAGGAAGAGAAACAGAAGAAGAAGAAGACGAAGGAAGAAGAAGAGGAAGAGAAGAUGGAAAAAGAAGACCUGGGAAGCUGGCCAUACACUGACAACUCCUCCUCCUCCUCCUCCUCCUCUUCCUCCUCUUCCUCAUCAUCAUCAUCAUCACCACCCGCGCCCCCGCCCCCCGAAGUGGUGUUCCUGGCCCCCCCUCCGAGCGCCGUGGUGUUGGCUCUAGACCUGUCAGACGAUGCCAUUUCGCAGGUCGCCAUGGAGGAGGUGAGAGGCGGGGUGCUGCGCUGGCUGUGGGGGCUGGGGGAGGGGGUGCGGGUGGGGGUACUGGCCGCCUACCGCAGCUCCUCCUACCCCCUCACCCUCGGCGCGCUCCUCCCCGCCCCUGCCACCGCCGCAAAGCUGGAGGACGAGAUGGCACUCCUUCCUUCAGGCGUCGAGGUGGAAAAUGGUGCCUACGGGGGUGCCUACUGCCUCGAGUGUGUGCUGGAGGAGGCGCAGAAGAUGUUGGCCAGCAGCGGUGUAGCUUCAGGGGGCGGAGUCCUACUCUUAGCGGCCUGCAACCCAACCAUCACCCAAGACCACCUCUCCCGCGCCACGCCGUUCACUAUACACACCCUCGCCCUCUGCCCCGCCACCACGCCCCUCCUGGACCAGCUGGCACGCCCCGGGGGAGCUUGGGUGCUGCCCGGGCCGCCCCCAGCAGAGUUUCACGCGGGGGAAGAGAAGGGCGAGCAGCGUGUGGCGGAGGUGCUGACGACGGCCACGCAGACAGCACUGGCCUUCCCCGGCGACCCAGUGCUGACGAAGGUGAGGCUUAACGAACUCUUGUUGAAUUUAACGAACUUUUUCAUCUUCAUCGUCAUCAUCAUCAUCGUCAUCACCACGGAGCACCACGCCAAGAUCGUGGAAGUCACCAACCCUUCAGGCGGCGAGAUCGACCUUGUACGGGACAGCAACCAACGCUUCUGGGCCGUCUUGGAGCAGGGACAGGGCGGAGGCGGCGGCGGGAACUUCACCUUCGCCCUCAAGUUCCUCACCAGCUCCGUCGCCUUCCCUCUCCCAGUCUCCGUCGACGUGUACGCAAGGAGACCCAACACGGAGGGAGUCACGGUCACGCUGCACACGAGUAACCACGCCCACCGACCCUUGGAGCCUGAGUCGCCCCCGCUGGUGGUGUGGGCGCGGGUGACGCAAGGGGGUAGGCCGGUCGUGGGCGCGAGGGUGGUGCUGCGCGUGAGUAGGCUGAGUGAGGAGGGCAGCAACGCGCAUACGACCCUGGAACUGCUGGAUGAUGGGAACGCGGAACCCGACGUGCGCGGCCAAGACGGGGUGUACACGCGGUACCUGACGUGGCUGCCGGGGGAGGGUCGCUACGCCCUCGCCGCCUUCGCCUCCGACCACCAGGGCGCCGCGUCGCUCCUGAGGCCGCGGCGAAGAGACGGCCGCGUGUUCCCAGUCAGCGCCGGGCAGUUCGUGGUGAGCAGCGGCGUCGUGUCCCUCACCGUCGCGCGGGUCACCUCAGCGGACCUCGUGCCCCCAUCCCGCGUCACUGACCUCUCCGUGACCCCGCUGCACGACACCCACGUCAACCUCACCUGGACGGCACCUGGAGGCGAUCUGGACCAGGGAUCAGCCUGGCAGUACGAACUCAAAAUGUACACGGAACGCGACGCCCUGAGUGAACACCGCUUCAACUCGUCCACCAUCGCCGUCUACUGCAUCACCCAGGACCUGAGGACGCCCACGCCGCCCCCCGCCCCCCACGGCACCCCCCAGCACUGCCUCACCGAGCUGCCCUUCACGAACCUCAGAUGGUACUUCGCCAUCAGAGCCGUGGAUGCCUCUAACAACACCGGCAGGAUCUCCAAUAUCGUCUCCGCCUUCGUUCCUGACCUCCCCACGACGCCCCCAAACAGCCCCGUUAGCCGCGAGUUCUCCAGCGUUCAAACCGUCAUCAUGUCCACCAUCCACGGGCCUGACGACUUCGGUAACGCCACAACAGCCCCGGGAGAUCGAGUUACCGCAGCGACCCCCGACUGGCGUGUGUGGGUCGCCGUCGGGGUUGUGGUCGGGGGUGUCUUGGUGGCGGCUGUUGUGGUGGUGCUGUGCGUGUGGUGCUGCCGGAGGGGUCGAGGGAGGGCGGAGAAGGACCCUGACCGCCCCGUGUACAAGAUCUAUGUGAACAAUGCGUACAUACAGGAGGAGGAUGGCGAGAUCAAGGUCGUGAGCAACGGGAAGCUGGUCGAUGAUAAGGAGCCGAGUCAGGUACAGGAGUGGGUCAACUCGCUCUCAAAGUUCGGCGCCGCGGACGUGUAUGGCGGCGAGCCCGGCGAGGCAGUCACCGCCCCCGCCGAGGCCCCGCUGGUGGAGUGCCGCCCGCGCGCCUCCAUCAAGUACGCUAGCCCCGUGCGCUUCGGCGUGCUCACCAACGGCUCCAUCAUGCGCGACGGUUGCCAGUCCUCGUCCUCCACCUCCUCCUCCAAGCCCUCCGAGGACGCUGCGGGGGACGACGUCAAGUAUAGAGACUUAUCCGAGACCACCAGCAACUCCACCACCGACGGAGGUGCCUCGGCCGCCUCCACCGCCACCACCGACACCGUGCCACUACCGCCGCCACCGCCCCCACUCACACUGACGGCCAUGGGGGAGAGUGCCAGGGCGGUGCCAGUCUCCGUGCAGCCUUGUGACGUGGACAGGCUACCCCCGCCGCCGCCGCCGCCCAUCGCCAUGCCCCAGCCGCUUGGCAUUCCCGGCCCCACCGUCAUCUCCAUCCACGCGGGGCCGUCCCUCAAUAGCGGCUACAGCAGCGACGAAGACGGGGGCUUCAGGCCGCGCACCGUCCCUGGCCCGGGCCCCAGACGGUACCUGCCCACGCAUUUCUCCUCCUUCCGCUACCUCCCGCCGCCGCCGGAGUAUAGAACAGCCGUGGGGGGCAGCGUGGGCAUCAGCGGCGCCGUGGACUACCCGACAUGCCACACGAUCUCCCGCGCCGCUACCACGCUGCCUCACGGGACGGUGCGCAGCGUUAAAAAGCGGCGGCAUAUCUCAUUCGUGUAGCGUUGGCGGCGCACACACGCCUCCUCGACCCUUGCCACCGCCCCGCUGCUCUCUAAGACUUGAAGUGAGACUAAACCAGGGAGAGCAAAGACAAUAUUUCCGUGUAUAAGCGUCAAAAAGAGGUGGCAUAUUUUGCAUGUUAUCGCGCCCUCCCCAUUCUUGCCAACCCCGCUCCCUACCACCCAGCUGAUCUCUCUGAUUUGAUGUGAGGCUAAACCAGGGAAAGCAAAGACAGUAUUUCCGUGGAUAAGCGUCAAAAAGAGGUGGCAUAUUUUGCAUGUUAUCGCGCCCUCCCCGUUCUUGCCAACCCCGCUGAUCUCUAAGACUUGAUGUGAGGCUAAACCAGGGACAGCAAAGACACUAUUGACAGUAUUUCGGUGGAUAUACGUCAAAGUGAGGCUGGUGAUCUAUUUCUCCUCUCGUGUGCCAGGAGAGUUGCUCGCUCGACGAGUGCUGGCGUUCCAUUGUCCUGUCGAUCUUCCCCGUCUGUCCAAGUUGGUGACGGGCAGGAAGGAGGCAGGCUGGGGACUUGGGGUUGUUAUGAUAGUGGUCGAAAGUGAUAACAUUAUGACCUUCCCACCAAGAAAAUAAAGGUUAGUAUGUCUUAAAACACUUACUAAAAACUACUUACUGACUUACUGAAGAAUAGGAGGAUUUGUUCAGAACUAAGUGAUAAACAACUGACCUUACUACCAAUAAAAUGAAUGUUAGUUUGUCUUGGAACACUUACUUAAGACUUCUGACUGACUUCCAAAGCUACGGAGGUUGAGACUCGCUUCGCUCAGAACAUUGACAACUCUACCUGUCUUUGAAAAACAGCUGAGACCUACCUAGCAAGAAAAUAAAGAUUAGUUUGUCUUAGAACACUUACUUAAGACUUCUGAUUACCUUCCAAAGCUACGGAGGUUGAGACUCGCUUCGCUCAGAACAUUAACAACUCUUUAGCUGUCUUUGAAAACAACUGAGACCUUCCUAGCAAGAAAAUGAAGGUUAGUUUGUCUUAGAACACUUACUAAAGACUUCUAAUUACAUUCCAAAGCUACGGAGGUUGAGACUCGCUUCGCUCAGAACAUUAACAACUCUUUAGCUGUCUUUGAAAACAACUGAGACCUACUUAGCAAGAAAAUAAAGAUUAGUUUGUCUUAGAACACUUACUUAAGACUUCUGAUUACCUUCCAAAGCUACGGAGGUCGAGACUCGCUUCGCUCAGAACAUUAACAACUCUAGCUGUCUUUGAAAACAACUGACCUUCCUAGCAAGAAAAUUAAUCUUAGUUUGUCUUAGAACACUUUGAAGACUACUGACUGACUGACUGACUUCCAUAGAAAAAGCAGUUCAUACUCGUUCAGAACAUGUAAAACUACCAACCUCCCUAAAUACCUUCAAGAUCAGACUACCUAAAACAACAUACAGACCUUUAAUUAUAGAAAGAGAUACGUCGUGUUAAUACUAGACAUUUCCCGAAUCAUUACCCUGAACCAAACCACGGAAAAUAAAAGAAAAAUCGAAUAACCAAAGUUUCAUGGCUAUAUAUUCUUC